AUGACCGUCACCUUUCCCUACUCCUCUGCUCCGACCAAGCAGGUCAAGGAGAUUCAGUUCGGUAUCAUGAGCCCAGAGGAGAUUAAAGCCUUCUCUGUGGCCAAGAUCGAAUACACCGAGGUCAUGGAUGAAAAUGGAAAGCAGAAAGUCGGAGGUCUCAUGGAUCCCAAGAUGGGCACUAUCGACAGAAACUUCAAGUGUCAGACGUGUCUAGAAGGCAUGGCAGAAUGUCCCGGUCAUUUCGGUCACAUCGAGCUCGCCAGGCCAGUCUUUCACCAGGGUUACAUUGUCAAGGUGAAAAAGAUUCUGGAGUGUGUGUGCUUUUCGUGUGGAAAAUUGAAGGUGGACACGCGCGACCCGAUGGUGGCGAACGCUGUCCGCCGGAUAAAAGCCCAGCACCGACUCAAGGCUAUCUGGGCCCUUGCCAAGGACAAGAAGAUUUGUGAACCUGACGAGCUUGACGAAAAGAAUGGCGAUUCGACCUUUGAGGAUGAGCAUCUGCAGGAGCAACAGGUCAAGGGACAUGGCGGGUGUGGUCACGAGCAACCGUUGUGGAGAAAGAAGGGCUUGAAAUUAAACGGAGUUUGGAAGCCUACCGACAAGGGCGAUGAAGAAGCGGCUGAACCAGAAGAGCGCAACAUCUCCCCCGGCGAGGUCUACAACAUUCUCAAAAAGAUCACCCCCGAAGACCUCCACAUCAUGGGUCUCAAUGCCGAAUAUGCCCGUCCCGAUUGGAUGAUUCUCACCGUCAUGCCCGUCCCUCCGGCCGCUGUCCGACCUUCCAUUGCGGUCGACGGUGGCGCCAUGCGAAGCGAGGAUGACUUGACCUACAAGCUCUCGCAGAUCAUCAAAUUCAACGGUGUCGUCAGACGAAUGGAAGCCGAAGGUGUGCCCCCCAGUGUCGUCAAUGAGCAGUUCGACUUGCUCCAAUACCAUGUGUGUACCUAUAUGGAUAAUGACAUUGCGGGUCUGCCGAGGGACCAGCAGAAGGGUGGACGUGCGAUCAAGGCGAUUCGUGCGAGAUUAAAGGGAAAAGAGGGUCGAAUGCGAGGAAACUUGAUGGGAAAGCGAGUCGACUUUUCGGCACGAACAGUCAUUACUGGUGACCCCAAUCUUCAAUUGGACCAAGUCGGUGUACCGAAGAGUAUCGCCAUGACUUUGACCUACCCUGAGCGAGUGACGCCUUACAAUAUCGUCUACCUCCAAAUGCUUGUCAACAAUGGUCCCGCGACCUAUCCCGGUGCCCGAUACUAUGUCAAGGAUACAGGAGAGCGAGUCGACUUGAAAUACCGCAAGGGCGGCGAGCCGAUCAGUCUGCAAUUCGGAUGGAUUGUAGAGAGGCACUUGAAGGACGGAGACUUUGUGUUGUUUAACCGACAGCCGAGUUUGCAUAAAAUGUCCAUGAUGUCGCAUCGUGUCAAGUUGAUGAACUAUUCUACUUUCCGUCUCAAUCUUUCAGUCACUUCGCCCUACAAUGCCGAUUUCGAUGGUGAUGAAAUGAACUUGCACGUGCCGCAGAGUGAAGAGACGAGAGCCGAAUUAAGUCAGAUUGCUUGGGUCCCCAGACAGAUUGUUUCACCACAAGCAAACAAGCCUGUCAUGGGUAUCGUGCAAGACACCCUGUGUGGUAUUCGAAAGUUUACCCUUCGAGACAACUUUCUCGACUGGCUUCAAGUCCAGCACAUUCUCCUCUGGCUCCCUGAAUGGGACGGCACCAUCCCCCCUCCCGCCAUCUUCAAGCCCAAACCUCUAUGGACGGGUAAACAGCUCAUCUCCAUGACCAUCCCCAAGGGUAUCAACAUUACCUACAAGAACAACGAAAAGCCUUCGCCGAUCGAUGUGACGGAUGAGAAUGUCUUGAUUGAAGAUGGAGAGUUGGUGCAUGGUACAAUUGUAAAGAAUAUGGCGGGAAGCGCAAACAACGGUCUUGUUCACGUCAUCUUCCGUGAGCUCGGACACAUCGCUGCGAGAGACUUUUUCUCUGCCGUCCAGCGAGUCGUCAACUAUUGGCUCUUGCACUUUGGUUUCUCUGUCGGUAUCGGAGACACCAUUGUCGACAAGGCCACUAUGGCGGGUAUCACCAACCGAAUGGUGGAAGCCAAGGAGGCCGUGCAAAAGCUCGUGUCUGAAGCUGAAGCCAACCGAAUGAAGCCCAAGCCUGGUAUGACCAUUCGAGAAACCCUGGAAGCAUCCAUCGCCAACGAGCUCAACAAGGCGCGUGAUUGGACGGGUAAAACCACACAAGACAACUUGAAGGACGACAACAAUGUCAAGCAGAUGGUUGUGUCUGGUGCCAAGGGUUCUUUUAUCAAUAUCUCUCAGAUGUCUGGUGUCGUUGGACAACAGUUCGUCGAGGGUAAGCGUAUUUCGUUCGGUUUCCGACACCGUUCAUUACCUCAUUUCUCACGAGACGACUAUGGUCCUGAGUCCAGAGGUUUCGUCGAAAACUCGUAUCUCCGAGGUCUUACCCCUCAGGAAUUCUGGUUCCACGCCAUGGGUGGUCGUGAGGGUUUGAUUGAUACCGCCGUCAAGACUGCCGAAACUGGUUAUAUCCAGCGUAGGUUGGUCAAGGCCAUGGAGGACUUGAAGGUCGCGUACGAUGGAACGGUCAGGAACAGUGUUGGAGAAGUUGUCCAGUUCUUGUAUGGUGAAGACGGUAUGGACGGAGCGGCUAUGGAGAAGCAGAGCUUGGAUAUCAUUCGGUUAUCUGAUCGCGCGUUUGAGCGCCGAUACAAGAUCGAUGUCCUCGGCAACAGCGGAUUCUCCCGCGGUACUCUUCAAGCUGGCAUCGACCAGUCUUCCGUCUCUCUCCAGAAAUUGCUUGACGAAGAAUUCGAGCAACUCACCGACAACAGGCGUGUGUUGCGUGAAGAGAUUUACGAGGACGGAACCCCUGGCCAUCCCCUUCCCGUCAACAUUCAACGUGUCAUCCAAAACUCUCAGCAGAUCUUCCACAUUGAUCCUCGAGUUCCCAGUGACCUUGACCCGGUCUAUCUGCUCCAGGAGCGAAACGCUUUGGCGUCUAGGUUGAUGGUUGUGCGUGGUGACGACAAGUUGAGUAAGGCCGCGCAGAGAAAUGCCACUUUGGUGUUCAACAUGCUCUUGCGGUCUCACCUCGCUGUCCGUCGAGUCUUGGAAGAGUACCAUCUCAACACGGAGGCGUUCGACUGGGUUAUUGGAGAGGUGGAGCAGAUCUUCAACAAGGCUGUCGUCAAUGCCGCCGAAAUGGUCGGUACCUUGGCCGCUCAGUCUAUCGGUGAACCUGCUACUCAGAUGACGCUCAACACGUUCCAUUAUGCUGGUGUGGCGAGUAAGUCUGUUACCGGUGGUGUGCCUCGUCUGAAGGAGAUUAUCAACGUCGCCGUCAACAUUCGAACGCCUGCUCUCAACGUCUACCUCGACCCAGAGUACAGCCGUACCGAGCACGACGCGCAUCAGAUCAUGCGAAAGUUGACCUACACGCGUCUGAGAGAUAUCACGGCUACCGUCGAAAUCUUUUACGACCCGAAACUCGACUCUACAGACAUUGAAGAGGAUAAAGACUUUGUGGAUGCCUUCUUUGCCAUUCCUGAUGAGGACAUCCGACUCGAGCUCCACUCUCCAUGGUUGCUGCGUCUCGAGCUUGACCGAGGAAAGGUGCUUGAAGGUGGAUACGAAAUGUCGCAGAUUGUCGAUGCCAUCGCAGAGACUGUCGGCAAGGACGUUUUUGUCAUUCAUUCGGAAGACAAUGCCGACAAGCUUGUCAUCCGUAUUCGAGUCGUGGCUGAAAAGGAGGACGAAGAGCUGUUGGGCGACGAAGACAUGUUCUUGAAGAGGAUUGAAGGGACGCUGCUCGACCAGGUCGAGCUUGGUGGUAUCACCGGCAUCAUCCGUGUGUUUAUCUCUGAAGGGAAGAAGGUUGUCGUAUCUCAGAACGGCGAGUAUGACCAGGAGCGGGAGUGGUUCCUUGAAACCGACGGUAUCAACUUGAAGGCUGUCAUGGCCAUUGACGGUGUCGACGCUUUCCGCACCUACUCGAACAACUGUUACGAAGUCUACGAGACGCUCGGUAUCGAGGCCGCCCGAAAUGCUCUCUACAAGGAGCUCAACGGCGUUAUCGAGAUGGGUGGUUCUUAUGUCAACUACCGACACUUGGCGUUGUUGUGUGACUUGAUGUGUAGCAAGGGAUCUCUGAUGAGUAUCACUCGACACGGUAUCAACCGAACGGAUGCUGGUGCGCUUUCAAGAGCUGCCUUUGAGGAGACUGUCGAGAUCUUGUUGGAAGCUGCUGCUGUUGGUGAUAUCGAUGACUGCCGAGGUGUGGCCGAGAAUGUGUUGCUGGGUCAGAUGGCGCCUAUGGGAACUGGUGCUUUCGACGUGUCACUGGACAUGAACAUGCUCAAGGAUGUCAUUGUCGACCAUCGAUUGCCGGUGCAAAACAUGAUGGUGACGGGUAUUGCGGGUGGCAUGACUCCGGGUGGAGCGAUGACACCGUACGACAAUCUGUCGCCGACAUGGGGAGACAAGGGUAUCUUGGGCGGAGCGGCGUUUUCGCCUAUCCAGUCUUCUACAAACGACGAGGCUGGCAACUUUGCCUACAUGGGUUACGGACAGUCGCCGAUGCACGGUGGCAUGUCCCCUGCUGGAUACUCUCCUUCAUCACCUGCUGGCUAUUCGCCCACAUCACCCUUCGCUGUUACUUCUCCCGGCUACAGCCCGACGUCACCUUUCGCGGGUGCUGGUGGAGCUUCUCCUUGGGUCGGACGAGGUGGCUAUGGUGCUACCAGCCCAGCCUAUUCUCCGACUUCCCCUCAGUACUCUCCUACGUCACCCCAAUUCUCUCCUACCUCGCCUUCAUUCUCACCGACAUCGCCUACAUACUCGCCUGCUUCACCUGCCUAUGGCGGAGCUGGUGGCAACAAGGCGUCGCCAUACUCUCCCACCUCACCGGCGUACAGCCCGACGAGUCCUAUGGGUGGUAUCACCUCGCCCCAGUACAGCCCUACCAGCCCGAGAUACAGCCCGACGAGUCCGGCGUUCUCUCCUACGAGUCCGUCGUACAGCCCGACGAGUCCAGCGGCGUUCCAGGCUACGAGCCCGAGAUACUCCCCGACGAGUCCUCAGUUCUCGCCGACAUCACCUUCCUACUCUCCUGCCAGCCCGGCGUACUCGCCCACAAGCCCGCAGUAUUCCCCCACCAGUCCUGCUUACAGCCCUACAUCACCGCAAUACAGCCCAACAUCUCCGGCCUACGGGGGUGCUGCCCCGCCUCAGCAGAACGGGCAGGCGCAACAGCCUGCUCGACCUGGAUGGGGUGGACAGGGUGCAGGAGCUGGGCGUGGAGGGUACGGCACGUCGCCGAGCUGGAAGAGCUAA